AUGGAAAAAUUAUUACAUUGGUCAAUUUUGCAACAAUCUGGAGAUAAAGAAGGUUUGAAGAAACUUGGGGAACCAGAUCAAGAUGCUUUAAAUAAACUUUUUGGGGGUCCAGAUGAAACAGCUUUAAUGAAAGAAAGUAUAGCAGUUGCAACAAAUCCAAAAGUAGAAGAAAAAGAUAAAGUUAUAGCAUUAGAAAACUUUGAAAUGUUAAUUGAAAAUUUAGAUAAUGCAAAUAAUAUUGGUAAUUUAGGAUUAUGGCCAGAUAUUGUUGGUUUGUUAAAGGAUGAUGUACCUGAUAAAUUGAGAAUACUUGUUGCAGGAAUAAUUGGAACUGCUGUUCAAAAUAAUCCAAAAUCUCAAGAGGAUUUUGAUAAAACAAGUAAUGGAUUGGAAAGUUUGAUUAAAAUUGCAGAAAGUGAUAAGAAUAAAGAUUUAAAAUUAAAAGCACUCUAUGCAAUUUCAUCAUUCAUAAGAAAUUAUAAACCUGGUUAUGAAAGAUUUGAAAAAUUAAAAGGUUGGAAUUUGAUUAAAUUUGAUACUAAAGAUCCAAAAUAUGAUUUAAGAAUUUUGUCAUUAGUCUCAUCGGUUUUAAGUAAUGGAUUAGAUGAUACAUUGGAAAAACAAUUUAAAAAUAUUAAAUUAAUUCAUUAUUUAGCUUCAGUUUUAAAUUUAGAUUCAAAUACCAAUUUAGUCGAUAAAUCAUUAAACAUAAUAUCAGAAUUACAUCGUUUAAAAUAUGAAUUCACUGCUGAAGAAACUUAUGAAGUUGAUAGAGGUAUUCAAGUUGUAGAAGGGUUGAGUGACAAAUUAAACAUUGAUGAUUUGAAUGGUGCUAAAGAAGCUACAAAGAAAAAGUAA